ACCGGAGCUGCUGCAGCUCCCCGGGCUGAGUCUCCGCUCGCCGCGCUGGGGCUGGCCCCGGAGUGGGGCGCAGCUGGCCGCGGGGGGAGUCCCCCGGGGGGCGCGUCCCGCCCCAGCCCAGCCUCCCGGCCCCACUGACCCGGCCGCUUCGGAACUUCCCCCCCCGGCUCCGGCUCCGGCUCCGCUCCGGCCAUGGGCGCUGAGCCUGGGUGAGUGAGCGCCGGGACCCGCCGGCCGGCUGCAGCUGCGCCCCGGAGCCGGGCUCGGCCACAUGGCGAGCGCCCGGCUGGCCCAGGCGCACGGUUGAAGACAGGUCGGGAGAGGGCUGGGUCCGUCGGUCCCCGGAGCAGACGGACCGACCGGCUCCAGUCCUCCUGAUGGUGGAGACAAGCUUGAAAACAUGACCCACGUGCAGCCUCAAAACCAGAAAGCGAACAAACAGAGCCCACAAUUACAUUUUUAAACAGCCUGUUGCUCACCACUAGGAAACCUGAUGAGGCUUCCAGUGACGGAACAGCAUGGCAUGAACAUGAUGCAACUAUGGCCUUGUCCAAUGUUAACUGAAGUCAGUGAGGUCCUGAGCGGGUCACCGAGUCAAGUCCAGAAUUCAUCCUGAAUGCCCAAUUGCGGUGUUACAUCAGCUGUUCACAUUACCUGUUUGCCCACCCCUUCUUCAGGAUUAAAGACAAAUCACCUUUUUAAGGUCCCCAGAGUGAAGGAAAAUUUCUGAAAUGCAGAAAUGCUUGUUUGUAGCUGCAAAUGGGAAUUUGGAAUAACUGUGAAAAUCGCACUGAAAUAAUUGUGUUUGACUGGAACAAAAUUCUUGCAAAGUCCCCAAGGAUGAGAUUCUGUGCCAAAUCAAUGCUGCUAUCUCACUGGCUCUUUCUGGUCUAUGUGUUAAUGGUGUGCUGUAAAUUGUUGUCCGCCUCUAGCCACCAUCCCCGAGGGCACACAGGCCACCACCAAGUCAAGCAAGGAACGUGUGAAGUCGUCGCAGUGCAUCGUUGCUGCAAUAAGAACCGAAUUGAAGAACGGUCGCAAACAGUCAAGUGCUCUUGCUUCCCGGGGCAGGUGGCUGGAACAACAAGGGCCCAGCCCUCUUGCGUCGAAGCCUCCAUUGUCAUCCAGAAGUGGUGGUGUCACAUGAACCCUUGUCUGGAAGGAGAGGACUGUAAAGUGCUACCGGACUAUUCAGGUAACACGGUAGCAAAGGAUAAACCUGUGUGUCAUUGCUGGAACAAUGGGAUUUGCAGCUGUGUUCCUUUUCUAUUUUACAUAGUUCCAUUGUUUCCUGAGAAUACGGUAGACUUUACACUUCAAACUUACAAAAUUAGUGAGCUAGAAGGACAAUAUUUCUCCUUUUGACUAUGGUGGCACUUCUUGAUGCAGGAUUUCCCCAUGCAGAACUAUACACUUUUAAUUAAAAAAAAAAAAAGGAGAAUUAUGACUCUACUGAAAAUACACCUUGGAUUCUCCAGGACCCUAUACCUGCAAGCAAUUCAUAGAAACACAGACCUGUUCUUCUGAAGCACAUCAACUAUAAGACUUUAUUUACAGCACUGAAGGCUGUAAAAUCAUUUAAACGAUUUUAGAUCUUUCAAGUAGCUUGGGAGAAGAUGGUUACAUUAGAAAGAACUGGCAUAAAUUCAUUAGAAGGUACCAUCUAUCAUGCAGUACAAUGGACCAAUGUAAAGCUGGUCUAAAAGCUAAAUGAACCUAAGGGAUAAUGGUAAUAAACCAUGUCUCAAUGCAUUUUCAGCUGUGAUUUAGUAAAUAUUGGCAAUGUAUGAAGGUGAAAAAAUGACUCUCGUAAAUCAGUAGCAUUUAGUGUAUGCCAUACUUUUUUUUACAAUCUGUGCAAUUAUAUUUAUUUCCUUAGAUAGUUCCAGCUAUUUUAAAUUUUACAUUCAUAAGUGGCAGUGAGGGAAUGCAGGGCAGAGACUAAAUCUGAAAGCAGAUACAGAUUUUAUUGUCCUAAAUAAAUCCGUUCUCUAAGGGAAUAACAAAGUAUAAAUAUUCCUUGCCUCUUUGAUUCCAGAUAUGGAAGAGAAUUUAGCCAUUAGCUAGAAAUAUUCAUUCAGAUGCUUCAAAACAAGAGCAGAAACUAGAACGGCAUAAGGAAAGCUUACUGGAGGAAGGGUAAUUUGUUUAGAUUUUCAUAGCAUUGGUUGUAUUCUAAUAGGUAACUUACUUAAAAUUCAUAAGUCCUAGAUAAAAAAGGGAUCUUCACUUUCAAUUAGUACUAGUUUAUAAUGAUAAUAAUUAAGUGUCCAGUUCCUUGACAGACUAAAUUUUCAAGCUGAUAUGCUUUGUGACACAUAAUUGUUUCAUAUUAUUUUAGAUUUGUCUCAUUCUGCUUUUCUUACUUGCCUGACUGUUACAGUUUUUUUUGUCAUCAGACUUCAUAAAUAGAACUGUAAAAGAAGUGCAGUUGCAGCCAGUCAUUUCAUGGUUACAUCAUUUUAUGGCUUAAGAUGCAUUGGAACAGAAUUAAAUGCAAUGAUGCAGACAGAUAUCAUGCAGAUGAACUGCUACUAACCCAGCUAUUGAAUACAUUGUGAUGUUUUAUGUAAAUAUUACAGUAAUAACAUACAACUGGUUUUUUAUAUAUCCAGAAAUGCCAAAAAAUUGAGACUGUUGCACUAAUUUAGUUCAUUGUGCACAAGCUUUCUAGCUUAUGGGAAAAUUCCAUCAACAAUGUGAAGCUGUUUAGUUUGUUUUGUUGGAGUGAGUAUAAAUACUUGAUCCAGUCUUACUCCCAUUGAAAUCAAUGGCAAAACUCCCUUUUGAUUCCUGUGGGAGGAAGAACGGGCCCUAUAUUUUGAUUUUGGUCUCUCACUUUUAACUAUGUACUUUGAUCACUGCUGAGAUCAUGGUGGCUAUUGUAUUUGUUAAUAAGUAAAUGAGAAUUUUUCUGCUACAUGUUUUGAAAGCUGCAUAGUUAUUCCAUCUAACAGCCUUUGCCCCUCGAAUGGACUCAACAUUUUGAUUUUUUUCAUUGUAAUUUAAGACUAAAUUUAAAGAAUCGCCUGAAGGAUUUAAACUAUUUGUAUGCACACAUGCUCAGUGAUAUAGUUUUAAGUGAAGAUUGUUGUUACUUUAUGUCAUGGUAGCCUAGACUUGAUUAUUAUUUAUCUGUUGUGGUAGGCACUGAACAUACACAGAAUAAAACACUGUCCCUA